CCAUUCAUUCAACUGUACCCAUCAUCAGCUUCUCAGGGCUCGGCACAUCACUCAAGCGUCGGGCAACCAUCGCAAGGCCACCUAUCACUUGUUGUACACCCAUCCGUUCAUCAUCCUUCGGGAGUACAUUCCUCAGUUGGCGGCCAACAUUCUUCGGGAUCGCAGUCAUCGGGUGUUCACACAUCGUCGGGAAUGCAUUCAACAUCUGGAGUUCACCACUCAACAGUAGUGCAUCCAAGCGGAGUAUAUCCAUCAGUUCCAAGUCAAGCAUUGCACUCAUCAGGCGUUUAUAACUACGCGAAUAUUCCCUCAUCCGGCGCUCAUUCGUCAUCAUCGAUGCACGGAGUCCCAUCGUCAUCCGCUGUGCACUCUUUAUCUGGUAUUCAGAGCUCAUCGGGUGUUCACUCCCAAGCCGGAAUCCAUUCAUCAUCCGCAAUUCACUCCCCAUCUGUGGUACAUCCUCAUCACCAAUCGGGAGUCUCAUCGCCUUCAUCUAGUGUUGAUUCUUCGCCAGGAAUGCACUCGCAAGCAGGAAUCCACUCAUCCUCCGCAGUUCACUCGCCAUCGGAAGCGCACUCAUCGGUAGUUCACAUUCCAAGUGCUCACUCAUCAUCCGUUCAUCACUCAAGUGUACACCCAUCUGCACAACCACAUCCCGCUCAUCAACACCAGUCAUCAGCCCAUGCUUCCUCAGCUCACUCCUCCCCAGCAGCAGCACACGCACCUGCUAAUAUCCCUUCGGUACCAGUUCAAUCUUGGUCCUAUAACUUUUAAAAUGCUCGAUUAUAGCCGUUUAAAUGAUGAAGUCAUAAAACAGAUUUGGUUAUGGUUUACGAUACGACAAAAUUUCAAGUACUUUUAAUAGUGGAAAUAAAGAAAUGCCUUUUCGAUUCAA